CAGAAACACUACAUUGUUUGAAUGCCUCAGAAUCUUGUGUAAAUAUCCUAACCUAAAAAAUUUUGUAAUACUUAUAUUUUUUACUUUGUAGCGUUCAGAAAAAUAAUAUCCAAAAUGAAUGAUCAAAAAAAGAAAAAAGUUAAUCUUAAGUUAACUAAAAAUGUAAAAACUAACGAAAAAUCUAAAAAUGAAAAUGACUUAAAAGAAAAUGAAGAUCAGUCUUUUGAACUGAACAGUAAAAAACGAAAAUUAAUAGUUGAUGAUGAUAAUAAUAAUUCUUCUACAACGAAAAAAAAGAAAUUUGAUAAACGUUUUUUCAAGCAACCAACUGCAGAAGAAUUGAAUCAACUAAGUGAAACUGAAAAUCUGUUUCAUUCAAAUCUAUUUCGUUUACAAAUCGAAGAAGUUCUUAAAGCGGUGAAAAUACAGGACAAAUAUAAGAACCUUUUUACUACGUGGUUUGAGCAAUUCAAAAAUCAUGUAAAUGCAAUAAAAAGUGAAAAUGAAUUUCAGUUGAUGGACGAUACAUAUUUUGAGAAGUGCAAUAUCAAAGUCCCAAUUACAAAACUACCUAAUGAUUGUGUAGGUAUUUUCAAGUACAUACCUCCUUCAAGUAUUAUUGUUGGAGGAUCAUAUUCAUCAGAUACUAUUAUCGGACCAAAUAUUUCAAUUGAUAUAUUUGUUGAAAUGCCUGAAAAUAUGUUUUCAAAAAUAGAUAGUAAGAAUUAUAGAUAUAUAAGGAAAAAAGCUGUAUAUUUAGCCUUCCUUGCGAGUAAGAUAAAUGAAGAGAUUGCUGAAUCAAAGUCUUUUGUUGGAAAUCAUUGGAAUCCCAUUCUAAAAAUUAUACCCCAAGGAAAUUUGAAUGAAAAGAUGAUUGUAUAUGUUCAUGCAGCAGUUCAAGAAUCUACUUUUUUACCAAAUAAAUUUACUGCUGAGAAGAAUAAUGUUAGACCUAAUUGGUUUUUUAAGGCAACUGAUAAAAAUAAAGAUGUGAAUUCUCCAACACCGUACUAUAAUGCUAUAGUAAUGCAAGAUCUUACUGUAAUUCAAACAACUUCUCAAAUAAAUAAAUUAAUCAAAGAGUAUCCAAAUAUUAAAGAUGGUAUAAUACUCUUAAAGAUUUGGCUAAAACAAAGAGAGCUUUGUAAUAAUUUUGUAUCUUUCAAUGGUCAUGUUAUAACAAUGUAUGUUCUGUACUUGCUGAUAGAGAAAAAGUUGAAUAUUUUCAUGAGCAGUUACCAGAUAGUUAGGAAUACCUGGCUAUAUUUAGCAAGUAGUGAUUGGUGUAAAGAUGGUAUUAGCCUUUGUAAAGAAGAAGAAAUUAAAGAACGUAUCGAAGAAUAUCACAAACAUUAUGAUUGCGUUUUUAUUGAUUUUACUGGAUUUCAUAAUGUAGCAGCCAACAUUUCUGCGGAUACAUUUAAAUGGGUUGCAAAUCAAGCAAAACAAUCUCUCAACUGCUUGAAUAAUACACGAUUCAAUGGGUUUCAAAUAUUAUUUAUGCGCAAAGUACCUUUCUACAAGGCUUUUGAUAUGAUGAUUUGUUUGCACAAUGUGAAAGCUUUGGAGAAUAUUCUAGAAGCACAUUCUACAGAGUCAGAUAAACUCAAUUACGGGACCAAUAAAUAUGUUCAAUCAGUAAAACUCAUUUUGAAACUUUUGGAGAAAGGACUAACUAGCAGAGUUAGUAUCAUUAGCGUCUUACCUCAUAAAGUUCGAGAAUGGGGUAUAAAUGAAGAAAUGCCAAACGAUCUUGAGAGACUUUACAUAGGAAUACAAUUAGACCCAACUCGUGCUUUUUAUAAUGUUGAAAAGGGACCAGUAGCCAAUCUACCGGAAGCCAAACAAUUCAGGGCUUUUUGGGGAAACAAAUGCGAGAUUCGUAGAUUUAAAGACGGCAAUACCUGUGAAACUGUCUUAUGGGCAAAGGAAAAGACAGCUCGUACACUUUUACGUGGAAUCCCUCAAAAAAUUAUCAAGUUUUUACUAGAAGAGAAAUUAAAGUUGUUUGAAAAGUCACAUUACUUUAUUUUCUCAAACCAAGUAGAGCAGUUUUUGAAGUUGAAAAAGGUAAAGAUAACGAAGUUUUACUAUAGCCCUGAAGAAGCUUCUCUCAAAGUAAUCAACGUUUUUGAUUCGCUUAAAAAUGAUUGUAUAAAUCUUACAAAUCUUCCAUUAUCAAUCAAUGGAGUUCAAGGGUGUAGUUCAUUAUUCCGUUACUCUGAAGUCUUUCCACCUCUGGCAACUAUUCGUAGAUCAGAUAAAAAGAACAUCGUGGACGGUGAAAUGCAUUUAUUAUUCAACGAAAGCUCGACAGUCGAAGAAGUGCCAUUGUACCUUGCUCCAGUGGAAGCAACAAUUCAGUUAUCUACAAGCGGAAAAUGGCCAGAUGAUCUUGAAGCUCUGCGAAUGACUAAAUCCGCUUUUUAUAUUCAGAUUGCCGAUUCACUUAGGAAAUAUUACAAAGAAACAAAGAGUAAAAUUUUGGUGCACGGUUCUAUGAAUCACAUUGAUAUCAUGAAGGAUGGCUUCGUUUUCCGACUAAAAUUAGCUCUUCAAAAAGAAAUUAGUUUAGUUAAACGAGUAAAGGACACAGAUGGCGUGAUAAAAUACCGCGAUAACGAAGAAUCUUUAACUCUAGAACGGGAUCUUUUCCAUCUACCAAAACUUACAGGUGCACUGUAUGGAUUGCACUGUCAGCAUCAGUCGUUUGGACCAGCCUGUUGCUUGGUAAAACGUUGGCUCGCAGCCCAACUCAUCGACAAUUCCCACAUGCCGGAUAUUGCCGUAGAGUUACUUCUCGCAUCGAUCUAUCUCAAUUCCGAACCAUACAUACCAUCUAACAUGCCACAAGUGGUCUUUCUUAGGUUCCUCGAAGCCUUUGCUAAUGAACACUGGCACACCGAUCCAAUCAUUGUUAAUUUCAAUGAUGAAAUGACACGUGAAGAGAUCGUAGAAAUUGAAAAUUUAUUCGGAACAUCGCGUGACACACUGCCAACCCUUUUUAUAUGCACUCCUUACGACAAGCAAGCGAGUAUUUGGACUAAGAAAGCGCCGACUACACUUAUUUUAAAUCGAAUUAGUGCGUUGGCAAAAGAAUCUCUCAGAUUGCUCGAAAUACAAUUUUUCAACGGAACUGGCGUACAAUGGAAAUCUAUUUUCAUUCCACCAUUAUCGGCAUACGAUUGUUUGAUUCAGUUGAAGACCUCAUUGAAUUCACGAAGAUAUGAGGCCGUAUGCGUUGAUGAGACUCUGCCAGAACUCGAUUUACAUCCUUUCAAAAUACACUACGAGACAAAGAUACCCAUUGUUGACUUCGAUCCUGUUGCACAGUAUUUGAAAGAAUUAAGAAGGGUUUACGAAGAAUUUGCUCUUUUCUUCCAUGAUACUUAUGGGGGAAACAUCAUUGGCGUUUUGUUGAAACCAGAUGCUCUUCAGCCAAAAGAUUUUAAAGUUUCUAACGUAAGUUGUCAAAAGUUCAACGACGACCAAAAGUUAGUUUUGAACGUAUCGGCGAUGAUCGAAGAUUUUUAUAUUCUUGGCAAAGGACUUGUUGAAGCUAUUGAGAUUCAGUCAAAAAAACUUCGUUCGAUCUAAAAUUGACUGAAUAUCCUCUGCACUAUACAGUGAAUA